UGCCUUUUUUCUUUUUUACUAGUUGUAUCAUGUCACUCCACCACCGCCUCCUGAUUACCACCAUGCAAUUCUGAAAAUUCAACCCAACCGCCGCCACCAACACGUGGCAUCUUUUAAUUUAAUCAAACAUUACAAUCCUUCAACAAUAAGAUGACGUCACCGUCGUCGUCGUCGUCGUCUGAUUUCAAUUUGAAUUUACCGGAAAGAGCUUUCUCUGCCGGUGCCGCCGCGUUUCUGUCCGCAAUCAUUGUUAACCCACUUGAUGUCGCCAAGAUUAGGUUGCAAGCUCAGGCUGCUGGUGUUCCCUAUCAGAAUGUCAACUCCACGUGUAACUUUGUAACAAAGACAAUGCUAGAAGAUGCAAGAUGUUUCCCAUCAUGCAAUCGUUCAAUACUUGGCGAGCCAGCUUGCACUCCACAGUCUUCUCAGUAUAAGGGCACUUUUGAUGUCUUCCAGAAAAUUAUCCGUCAGGAAGGAUUUGCCCGGUUGUGGAGAGGUACAAAUGCAAGUUUGGCAUUAUCAGUGCCCACGGUGGGUAUCUACAUGCCCUGUUAUGACAUUUUCCGAAACUAUAUGGAAGAGUAUUCAUCUCAAAAUGCUCCAACAAUGACACCUUAUGUCCCGCUAGUUGCAGGUUCUGUUGCCCGUUCACUGGCUUGUAUAUCCUGUUAUCCUGUUGAACUAGCAAGAACUCGUAUGCAGGCAUAUAAAGAACAACAUGGUACAAAGCUCCCUGGAGUUUGGAAAACAUUAGUUGGUGUUGUGAAUGCAGAUACAAACACAAAGAAGCUUCAAAGCCCCUAUCGUAGCUUUCGGUUUUUGUGGACUGGCCUUGGUGCACAGCUAUCUCGCGAUGUCCCAUUCUCUGCAGUUUGUUGGGCUACCCUUGAACCAGUCAGAAGAAGCCUCCUAGGCAUGUCUGGCAAUGAAACUAGCCUUAUUAGCGUUCUUGGUGCAAACUUUACUGCUGGUGUUGUUGCAGGAAGCCUUGCGGGUGCCUUUACGUGUCCUUUAGAUGUUGCAAAGACACGACGUCAAAUAGAGAAAGAUCAUGCCCGAGCAUUGACGAUGACAACCAGACAAACAUUGGUCGAGAUAUGGAGGGAUGGAGGAAUAAAGGGACUCUUCACAGGAGUUGGUCCUCGUGUUGCACGUGCAGGUCCAUCCGUUGGUAUUGUAGUUUCCUUUUAUGAAGUUGUAAAGUAUGUCCUCCACAACAGAAGACAUUCAUCUGCUGAUAAAGAUGAUAUGGUUUAAACACCCGAGUGCAAACUAGAACAUUAUGAUCUUCAUUAUUUUUGAAGACUAUGAUUCCCCAUUAAAAUUGCAUAAUAUUGCCAAGCUUACUGGCAUAGGAAAUGUAACAAUUAUGUUGAACUGCGAUGCCAACCUGCAAUUCUUUAGUUUGAUUCAUGGUUAAUCAUACCAUAGACAUUAGAUUUAAUGUAAAACCCAUGAUGAGCAAUCAUCUAAAAUAUAUCAAUUCUAUUUUAUAGAUGAAAUAAAUAAAGGUCCAAUAUCAUUCUUGUUAA